AUGAAGAAAUUCGGCGACCUCGUCGGCUCGAUCGACGAGGGCACCAGCUCGGCCCGGUUUCUGCUGUUCCGGGCGGAGACGGCCGAGGUGGUGUGCUUCCACCAGAAGGAGCUGCGCCUGAUCUGCCCCCAGGAGGGUUGGGUCGAGCAGGAUCCGCACGAAAUCCUGAGCGUCGUGUACGAGUGCAUCGAGCGCACGCUGGAGAAGCUGGUCGAGCUGGGCGGCAAUCCGCAGACCGACAUCGUGGCGAUCGGUGUGACGAACCAGCGCGAGACGACGAUCGUGUGGGACCGCACGACCGGCGAACCGCUGUACAAUGCGAUCGUUUGGCAGGACAUGCGCACGUCCUCGACGGUGGACCAGCUGCUCGAGACGGUACCGAACAAGACGAAGAACAAAAACUACCUCAAACCGCUGUGCGGGCUGCCGCUGUCGCCGUACUUCUCCGCCGUCAAGCUGCGCUGGCUGCUCGACAACGUGCCGAAGGUGAAGGGGGCGGUCCGCGCCGGCAGCUGCCUGUUCGGCACGGUCGACACGUGGCUGAUCUGGAACCUGACCGGCGGUCCGGACGGGGGCGCCCACGUCACGGACGUGUCGAACGCGUCCCGCACCAUGCUGAUGAACAUCGAGACGCUCAAGUACGACAAGGCGCUGAUGAAGUUCUUCGACGUGCCGCUGGAAAUACUGCCCACCAUCCGGUCCAGCUCGGAGGUGUACGGGCUGAUCAAGUUUCGGCCACUGCAGCACAUCCCGCUGGCCGGCUGCCUGGGCGACCAGCAGUCGGCACUGGUCGGGCAGGAGUGUUUGACGCGCGGACGGGCAAAGGCAACGUACGGGACGGGAUGCUUUCUGCUGUACAACACCGGGACGGCGGUGAUCGACUCGUACCACGGGCUGAUCUCGACCGUCGCCUACCAGAUGGGACCGAACGCGCUGCCCGUGUACGCGCUGGAGGGUUCGGUCGCGGUGGCCGGUGCCGCCCUCGGCUGGUUGCGCGACAACCUGAACCUGAUCGGGGGUGCCUCCGAGUCGGAAUCGGCCGCACUGGAGGUGGAGAACAAUGGGGACGUGUACUUUGUGCCGGCGUUCAGUGGGCUGUACGCACCGUACUGGGAUCCGGAGGCGCGCGGCGUCAUCUGCGGCAUCACGGAGGACACGCAGCGGGGGCACAUCGUGCGGGCGGCGCUGGAGGCGGUCUGCUUUCAGGUGCGCGACAUACUGGACGCAAUGAACAACGACAGCGGCACGCCGCUGCAGAAGCUCAAGGUGGACGGUGGCAUGACGGCGAACGCGAUCAUGAUGCAGUGGCAGGCGGACCUGAUCGGGCUGGACGUGUUGAAGCCCAAGUUUGUCGAGACGACGGCACUGGGUGCUGCCAUGGUAGCGGGCCGUGCGGUUGGCAAGUGGGAUAUCGAGAACGUGAGCGUGGAAAGCGACAGUACCGUGUUUAAGCCACAAAUCAGCGAAAACGAGCGGGACGUCCGGUACAAGCGGUGGAAGAUGGCCAUCGAACGGGCGGUCGGUUGGGACAAGUGUCUGUAAAUUUGAGUGGCCACGCGCAGUUUGCCGAGCGUAGCGAGCGAUGAAUGGACGAUGGAAUUUUUAUUACUAUAUCUUUACACUGGACGAUAACUCGCAGAUAAGGUUUAAACAGUAAGGGGAGAAGGUUGUAGUUAUUGUGAUAGCGACACCUAGUUUUAAUUACGUAAAAUCAAAGCGCAUUACGAAAAUAAACGCAUAAAAUCGGAAACAGUUCACGGACAUCAUUAGCAAAAGGAUAAAAGCACCAAAAUUGAUAUUUCAAGGCUUUAAAAUAUGUCUUAUUUAUUUUCGCUUGGUAUAAAAAAGGUAAAAUCUGUAUAUAUGCGUUGAAAACGUAGGAAUAACGGGGUCGUCGCACUGCUCACCGUGACAGUGAGAACGUGGGAUAUCUCGCGCGUUUGGGGGAAACCGGGAACAACGGGGGGGUUGUGGUAUUUUGGUAGUGAAAUAAGCGCAUACAUAUAAAAAAAAUAAGUUGUAACAUAACACUAGUAUCAAAUGAAUAUCAAAAAAGUAGGUUAGUUUCAUGAGUAAUAGAGGCGAUCGUCGCUUCACAAAAUAAGGAGGAGUCACGACAGCUUUAGAAAAACGCUUCACGCGCGGGGGCAGCUUGCGUUGUUAAUCGGUAACGAAAUCAUAACGGUUCACAAACAACGACGGCGUGCGAUUAGCAUUUGCGUGUUAAUAAUCAAAUAAUAGUUGGAGAAUAUCGUGUGAGUUUGGUUUACAUAGAUAUAUAUAUAUACAAUAAUACAAUACUAAAGCGCCAAUUGAAACAAAAGCGAACGCAUUCGCCCAAAACUUGUCCGAUCACACAACAUCGAGAGAGGAGAAUAGUUGUAAAGGUAGAAAUGAGCGCAUAAAAAUUAUGAUUAAUAAACAUAGCGACGAAACUUC